AUGCAGAACGACCAGAGGGCUGAACGAGGGCCACGGGGCAAAUAUUCAAAAUUAAUCUGCCAAGGUUGCAGAUCAAGGAAAAUCAAAUGCGUCCUGCCAGGUUCUGCAGCUACAAGCGCCUCGGGCGCAGCUCAGCCGCCGGAGAGUUCUUGCGAACGGUGUCGCAAUCUCGAACUACCGUGCAUUGUGGAGCGGACAACUUCAGGGCGGCCAUCCGCGAGAGGCAGACAACGCCAAUCUACUAGAAAUCUUCGAUCGGCAUCCCUCAAUCAGUCAGAGAAAUUUGAUGAAAGGGCGAGUUCGCCUUCGGAUCUUGAAGUAAAUGACUAUUUAUUCUCCAAGGAAAAUGACGCAGAGCAACCUCCACUAAAGGAAACGGGAAAAUCCCAGCCAUCCCAACGGCCUGGGAAAAGGACCAUGUUCCGAGCCAUGAUAGACAUCAACGUUUUCAUAUGUUCUGUGUUGGAAAAUGAUGUCAAAUUCGGAAGCCAGUUGAUCCAUGCUACGUCGCGCUGGAGUCAACCUCUUCCUGAUCUCAUCGGCGAUGACAUGGCCGCUUUGUUAGACACUCAGUUAUCCUGGCACCGAUUGUUCCUCCCAAGUAUUCCGAAUCUGGUGAGCUUGAGAAAUCGGCUGGUCUCAGAAGAAUUAUCAUCUACCACUCCGGCCACCAACCUUCUUUUCGCUCUUCUCUGCUUAGCGGCCCUUGAAACUGCGGAGGGGAUUGCACAGCAGCAUCCAACCACGAGGCAAAGUCUCCAGCUAGCCGUUUCAUCAUUUGGGCAAGAUGUCAUGGUUUCGCCACCUACACAUCGGGAUUCCAUUGCUAUAUUCCUAUUUAUGAUCGAAUUCCGACCAACAACCUUGGCAACUUCUCAAUUCAUCAUGCACAAGGCUGUCAGCCCUGAGAUAUACAUCCAUCUUGCCUACAGGAUUGCAGAAAGACUCUCAUGUCUAGCCCAACGUUCAGCAUUCUUCUUCUUUUACCUCAAAACUCCCGGACAUUCAGAACAUGAGCGAUGCCUUUCCUACUCCGUGGAGGCAUUGAAGGUCAUAUCCCUCAAUUGUCACCUUGAAGGGUUCUUGUCGAAGACUGUUCCCGACUUAUACGAAAUACUGGAUCAAAUCCAGCCACACAUCGAUGCUUAUCGGCAUUUACUUAGUCUUUGCGUGUGUUCACCCAGAACAAUUUUCCAUAUUCAAUGGAUCAUGGGAUUUCGGAUCAUGAUAACGUCACUGAUUGAAGCAAAGGAGAACUGGACUAUGCCUAAAGAAUUGCUCAAGGCUGUGGAAAAAGCGGAAAAACUUAGCAUGGAGCAGAUUGAAGUCGCUAGGUUAUUCAUAGGACACUCGGUUGAGAAGGAAGGAGGAGAGGAUAUACCGGUUCUCCUUCCUCUCCUCAAAAUGAGAUUUUACAGAACCUCCGCAGGGCUUUGUGGGCUGGGCUUAUUCUACGCAGCAGUGCAGCGAGCAAGAUCCACUAGUGGGGAAAACCACGGGGAUCCAGACGUGCAACCAAGCGAAUCCCUCCAGAUUGUUGAUCAAGUCGCUGCAAGCGCGAUCAGCCCACCCGAUGCCCCAGGGAAUCACCUCUCCGUGUUUAUCGAACGCUUCGGAAAGACAUAUCCCGACAAGCUGAUACGCGUCUUGGAGGCCUUCCUACAAUGCACUGAUUCCAAGCUCGACGGUAUUGCAUUCAGAGCUCCUCUUCAGCAAUUAGUGUAUGAGGUCAUCCAUGUGUGCAAGAACCUGGUCGAAAACAACUUCGUGCAAGUUCGGGUUGGCGGACGUCUGGCUCCGAGUUUCGAGAAGCAGCUUGAGCUGUUCUCCAAGUGCGCAAAAUGCAUUGGGAAGAUGAGAGCCUCGUCUUCCAAGAAGGAGUCUGCUUUUGCGUCUGGCUGCGUGUACGUCGCUUGUAGCAAGAUCAUUCUUGGGCUACGUAAUACCCUUGAGCGACUGAAGACGGAGGUUGAAAAACGAACACAUGAUGCAGCCUGCGAUGUACCAGCGAAUGCGGUCGUUUCUCCCGGAACAACUGAUUGUUCUUUAAUAAACAUGGACUUCAACCCAAACUCUUGGGAUGGAUGGAAUUUAUGGCCCGAAGCUGGGUCUUUGAGUCCCCUUGGGACUUCCAUGGACAUGUUCAACCUUGUGCCAGAGUGGACUUUUGAAAGUGAUUUUGAGGUUAUGACCCGUUUUGCGAUGCGAUGA